CGGACCACAAUAGAAAUAUAUAAUUAAAUGCGCUGGAAGCUUCAGUUUACUUUGCUCGCUAUUGUAGUCCAAAUAGUGAGGUCUCAAAAUGGUCAGGAUCCGGAAGUGGAAACGGAUUCGGAUUCGGAGGUGGAAUCGGGCCAGUUCUUCACCCAUCUGUACAAAAAGAAUCUGCAACAAAUGGUGAGGAUUAAGAAUGACUCAUUGGAUCCGUGUGAGGAUUUCUAUGCGCAUGCUUGCGAAAACUAUGAUCGAACAUUGGAGGAGAAUCCGGAUGAAUUUCUGCCACCUUACCUGUACAACAAGCAGGACAGAUUGAACUUCUUUACGGCUCAGGUUGGAAAUUUCGAAACCAUACCGGGAAUGUUGAUCUCCCAACUUUAUAAGGAAUGUCGAGCGAGGGGAGAGAGCAAUGUUUUCGGGGUAACUGCUGAGCCAACUACCCAUUGGCAGCGUCUGAUGGAGGAGAUUCCCUUCCUGGCCAGCCAUGGCGAGGUGCUCUCUUCCUGGCCCAUCCUGCGUCAUCAAUGGGAGCGAAGGCAGCUCAAUGGGCAGCUCAAUUGGAUUGCUUUCUCCGCUCAACUGGCAGCCCAUGGUUUACCCACCCUCAUUCGGAUCUACUUUGCCCUGGAUACGAUUUACGUAAGUCCCAUGGAGGAGCUGCCCUGUCCCAGUGUGGAGGACUUCAAGUCGAGCCUAUCUGAUGUUUUAGAGGGUCGUCAUCAUCGCGUGCCUCAUAUAAUAGCACAUGAGAUGCGGGUUCUGUGUCGCGGAAUGCGAGGAGAACUACCGCUGGUGAGGAGUUUGACCAAAAAUGGCGGUACCACCACUGACAGACCCAGUCAGGAACAGCUCCUUCUGGACGAUAACACCAUGGACUACUUUCAGCACUUUUUUGCCGCCCUAAACUUUUCCAAGGAGCAACUGGAAAGAGCGAGAAAGUUUUCCUUAAAUGUAGAGAAGAUCACGCAGGCCUGGGAAGUUUUGAGGCACACGGAACCCCGAAUAGUCUACAACUAUGUGAUGUGGCAGGCCAUAGAGCAGCUCCGUUAUCCGGAUUGCUAUCGAGUAUCCGAGGAAUUCGAGAGGCUACUGCAUUCGGAGUACUGGCAAUGGCAUGUCUUGGGUGCCCAUCUAAGCAGAGAAGUCGCCUUGGCUGCCUAUCAACUGCACACCACUCGCUUUCAGAAGCUAAGGAGAUCCAGUCUUUCCACAAGAGAUUGGUAUGGUCACCUGUGGCCAGCUUCGGUGGAGAAGAAAGAGCUUCAGGUGGCACGCAUCCUGCAGGUUCAUGCCCAAAACUAUCUAAAUAUCACGGAACUCAACGAAAUCUACGGAGAUUUGGGUUUUGUUAAUGGCUCCUUUCAUGGAAAUCUUCUGCUCCUGCGACGGGCUCAGUUACGUCAUAGUUUCGUAUCGCCUUAUUUGGACGAGGAGGAUGUCAAUCAGCCAGCCUAUUUCCUUAGGCACUUUCUCCAUUUUGUGCUGCUCUCGCUGCAUCGUCCUACUUAUCACUACUAUGCCACCCAGGGCCUGGAACUUUGGCGGCAAUCCGGACUUCUUUUGGACACCGAUGGUCGCUACACAGCUAUGGAUUGCCUCGAAAGGCAAUCCUUCCAGCACUACGAUGCAGAAUCGGCUCCUAUUUAUAGACAACUUGGUUCGGAGGAGGUAGCCGAGAUCUUUCAUUUCUAUCGUUCAUCCCAGGCGUCCAUCAGGGACUAUCACUUUUGGUUGCAGGGCGAAAGAUUCGCCUUUGCCGAGACCUUUGUGCUGGAGUUCUUCGGCUUGGAUCCUCAAAAGGUGCUCUUCUAUGCGGUGGCCCAGCAAUUGUGUAACCGCCAAACGGAGAUCUUUACGGCACAACUCAAUAGGGGAUAUAUGAAUAUGCCCGAGUUCCAGGAGGCCUUCAAGUGUGGAGCCCAUAAACCCAUGAAUCCCCCGUCCAGAUGUAUGAUCAAUAUGUGUGAAUAA